AUGCCUCGCAGAUCCGGAUCAGAUUUCUUCAGCUCUGGUCCAUUUAACCUCACUGGACUUGCUCUGGCUGUGAUGGGGCCCAAUGCAACGGGAUACGCUGUUGGCUCAGACCAGACCUUCACAUCUUCGCUCGUCCGUGUCAGUAUCAACGGUCACCCUUACUCGGUCCCGGAUCCAAGAGAGAUCGGCUGGACUGAUCCGAUCGACUUUGCGAUCACGGCUGGUCUCAACGUACCCUUGGUAUUGGACGACAUGGAAACAUCACGGGGCAUUUCCAACGGUCAGACCACCUGGUUUGCCAAGGGUGAUCAGACGUUUCUUGGAGAGCUCGACCAAGGCAUAGAAGAGCUCGGAACGUACUUUCUCAGCGGUCCUACAUUCUACGUUCCAUACAACAUGAGAUUGUUCUCUCUCUUCGGCGUCGCCUCGACCUCUGUUCUCGCUGCGGUUUUACCGGAACGAGAUGCCGACCGUUGGGUCGAUCUUUGGACAGUGGCACCAUUUAUCAUUGAUGGUCCUUCUGGCGUGCCAUCUCCUUACAACGAUACGUCAGGAGGAGUGUUGGCCAAUACGACCAUCCGACAGACUGUUCGACCAUCCCACGAUGCAUCGGAGAUCAAAUUCCAAUUGUCAAACUUCUUCAGUACUGGACCUCUAGUGAUUCAACAUCUGUCCGUGGCACAUGCUUUACCUAAUGCCAGUGGAGUGAGCUUGGGGCAAGGUCUCAUCGACGUCCCGACGAGCAAAGACAUCACCUUCGAUGGUGGUCAAUCUGGAAUCACGAUCCAGCCUGGCGAUAUCAUCGAGACGGAUCCGGUGGACUUUCGAGUGAUUCAAGACAGAGACUACAGCCUGUCAAUGUUUCUAGGCCAAGGUCAAUCACACAACAUUACCGGUCAUUUCUGGGGUGAAACAGCUUGGUUCCUCGGUGGAGAUCAGACUUCUGCGCCAAACUUUUCGCAAAAUGGAGGAGCAGAACAGAUUGGGACUUACUUCUUGGCUGCUAUCGAAGGCAAGGUUAACGCUGAAGCCAUUGUGGCACUUGGUGAUUCGACGACCGACCGAGCCGGGACCGAUAUCGAUACCUAUGUAGGUUGGACCGAUGACUUGGCAGUGCGGAUCCAGAACGAUCCAUCGACAAGGCACUUGACGGUCAACAAUGCUGGUAUCGGAGCCAACACUGUGUUUCACUUGCCUAGUGUUGGUGAACCUGCUGUCGAUCGACUCCAACGGGAUGUCCUGAAUCAAGCUGGUGUCAAAUAUUGUAUCGUCUUUGAAGGAGUCAACGAUAUUGGGUCUCAAAAUGACACGGAGAUCGAAGGUCCCACCAGUCCAUCGACCAUUCUCAACGGUGUCAUUGACGGAUAUAAGAGUAUAAUCGAACGAUUACAUGCGCAAGGGAUCAAAGCGAUCGGAGCGACCAUUACGCCAUUCCAUAAACCUGCUUAUGCGACCGGUCUCAAUUUUUACUAUACGCCCGGACGAGAACAAACGAGACUCAAGAUCAACGAGUGGAUCAGAACCCCAGGAAAUUAUGAUGCCUUCUUUGACUUUUCAGCCGUCGUCACGAAUGCCAGUAACCCUAUCCAAAUGGCAGAUCGAUACGCUUCGGCCGACUUCUUACAUCCUGGACCCGAGGGGUACAAAGCCAUAGCGGAAUCGAUCGACUUGAACGUCUUCCAUUGA